AUGUAUGUUCACGAAAAGAAAAUUGGUGAAGGUACAUACGCUACAAUAUACAAAGCGUAUACUACUAAUAACCAGCCAGUCGCCAUAAAAAGAAUUAAAAAAACAAAAUAUUCCACCGGUAUUGAUAUAUCAGCGAUAAGAGAAGUUAGAGCACUUAAAAAGAUCAACAAUAAAUACGUUAUAAAGCUUAUUGAUGUUUAUAUAAAAUAUGAUGAUAUCCAUUUAGUAUUAGAAUUUAUUGAUACAGAUUUAGAAAGUAUUAUUAAGAAUAAGAAUAUAAUAUUUCUACCUGGUGACAUCAAAAGUUGGAUGAUAAUGCUUCUUAGUGGUGUGUAUAGUCUUCAUGAAAAAUUUCUUAUACAUAGAGAUAUAAAACCAAAUAACAUCUUAGUGUCGCAAAAUGGAAUAAUAAAAAUAGCGGAUUUUGGAUUGACACGAACGAUUGGUGGGAACAUGACAUCACAAGCAAUUACUAGAUGGUACAGACCGCCAGAACUUUUGUUGGGGUCUAAAAAGUAUGGACCUUCUGUUGAUAUGUGGUCUGUAGGAUGCGUAUUUGCAGAACUAAUGUUAAGAGUUCCGUUUUUUGCUGGUGAAUCGGAUUUAGAGCAAUUAAACUUGAUAUUUAAAGUAUUUGGUACACCUGAUGAAGAUAAGUAUCCUAGUAUAAAAGAUUUAUCGGGUUAUAUAAAGUUUAAUAAAAAGGAGCCUAUUGUACUUGAAGAAAUCUUUACAGCCGUAUCUAAAGAUACGCUUUCUUUACUAAAAAAAUUUUUUAUUUUUGAUCCUAGUCAAAGAAUUUCUGCGUACGACGCGCUAAUGGACGAAUAUUUUAGCAAUGAACCUAAAGCUACUUUACCUCAAAAUUUACCAUUUUAUCGAACGUAG